AUGUCGGAUUUACACCGAGAAAAAGACGAAAACAAAACGGAAAAUGAAGACCAAAACGACGAAGAAAAUGAUUCAACUCAAUCCUUCACCGAAGCUGUGCGUGAAAAAUAUUGUUUUGACGGUUCUGACUACACAUUCGGAUCUUGUCAGAUAACUUUCCAUGGAAAAGCAGGAACUGGUGGUGCGAAGGCUGAAUUGGCCCAUUUGAGAAAUGUGGUAUUAUGCAACUCUAACUUGACGUAUGCUGGUAUACCAAGAGAAGGUCUGGCCUCACUCUGUCCUAAUGUCAUUGACUUGGAUAUUUCUGGUAACAACCUCACCAGUUGGAAAGAAAUCUUACCUAUAUUCCAACAGCUAACUCAUCUGAAGUUUAUUUUCCAGGGAUUCUGUUGUAACUUUAUGACACCAGAAUUUUUGAUUGAUUUAACAAAGGUGUUGGAGUCAGAUAAGUUUCACCCUCGAUCCAUCAGUUUAAUAUACAAAAUUCUAACAUUAAUAUUUCCGAUAGAUUACAAAUGA